AUGACGGCUCCAAAAAGAAUCUCGCUCUCUGGAACCAAUGGUGAGAUUGGAUUUCACCAUGGCGUUUCCCUCAAGGAGCAGAUUGUCCGGCAGAUCGAGUUAUACUAUGAAAUGUUCUGGAAUAGCUCUAAACUCGACCGCGAGGGUGUCCACCGCAGAGCUCGAGAAUACAAGGAAACAAUCCUAAAGCUAGUCCCGCACAUCCACGAGGAAAUCGUUGGAAUUGCAGAAGGUGCAGGUGUCGACGUUCUCGAUAUUGUAGCUCUUAACGUUAGGAGUGAAAUCGUCCUCGGGGAGUUCCAAGAUGGCUGUACGAGUAUUAGCUGGAAAGUUCCAGACGAGGACGGGAAACCGAUCCAAUAUCUUGCACAGAACUGGGAUUGGAUUAGACCUGUGCAGGAGAAUCUUGCAAUCAUUACACUAAGCCAGCCAGGCAAGCCGACUAUCCAAAUGAUCACUGAAGCCGGCAUCGUUGGUAAAAUCGGCUACAACAGCGCUUCGGUCGCCGUUCUUCUAAAUGCUCUCCGUGCAGCGCCAACGGAUACUAACAAAUUACCAAUCCACAUCCUCCUCCGACUAUGUCUAGAGUCUAACAGCGCCUCGGAAGCGUACUCGCAAAUCGAGAGGUACGGUGCCGCCUCAGCCCAGCAUAUCCUUUUAGGUGACAUGUCCGGCGCGAAAUGCCUCGAACUGUCACCCAUUAGAAAUCAUUGCAUAAGUCCAAAUGACAAUGAUUUUCUCGCGCAUACAAACCACUCUAUUGAGAACACCGCCAUCAAAGAAUCGUCUGAAUUUCCUGGUUCUAAAGAGAGAUUGGCGCGGACGUACGAAAUUGUGAAAACAAUAAACCCUACGGAUUUAUCGCCACAGAUUUUAAGGGAGACGAUCUUUAGCGAUAUCGAAAACGGCAAUUUUAGCAUUUGCGCAUCAGAGAAUGCGUGCCAACCAAAGUGGAUUCGAAUCAUGACUUUAUUCAAUAUUGUUAUUCGCUUGAAAGAGGGUUGCCAACCGAGCGCUGAGUUAGCUUUCUUUAAUGACUCCGCGGAUUGGAUUGGCCCCCAAAAUAUUAUGCGCCUAUAA